AGCAGACAGAGGGAGAAGGCAGGCAGGCAGCAUCAUGGCGGACAGAGAUAGUGGAAGUGAGCAGGGAGGAGCAGCCACGGGCCCAGGCUUCGGCUCCAUGCACCUAGCGACAGGAGGGGCGGGCUCGGCUUCCGGGCUCCAGCAUGAGACUCAAGAGCUGGCGUCGAAGCGGGUUGACAUCCAAAACAAACGCUUCUACUUGGACGUAAAGCAGAACGCGAAAGGCCGCUUCUUAAAGAUAGCAGAAGUCGGGGCCGGUGGAAACAAGAGCCGCCUCACUCUCUCAAUGUCCGUGGCGGUCGAGUUCCGUGACUACUUGGGGGACUUCAUCGAACAUUAUGCCCAGCUGGGUCCGAGCAACCCGGGCUUGGUACAAGACGAGCCCAGGCGAGCACUCAAAAGCGAGUUUUUGGUCCGAGAAAAUCGGAAAUACUACAUGGAUCUGAAAGAGAACCAGAGGGGACGGUUUCUGAGGAUCCGACAGACCGUUAACCGGGGGCCCGGUUUGGGAUCCACACAAGGCCAGACGAUUGCUCUGCCUGCCCAGGGACUUAUUGAGUUUCGUGACGCUUUGGCUAAACUUAUUGACGAUUACGGUGUAGAGGACGAACCUGCAGAGUUGCCCGAAGGGUCAUCAUUGACUGUGGACAACAAACGCUUUUUCUUCGACGUCGGAUCCAAUAAGUACGGGGUGUUCAUGAGGGUAAGCGAAGUGAAGCCAACGUACCGCAACUCAAUUACGGUGCCCUACAAAGUGUGGUCCAAAUUUGGGAAUACUUUCUCUAAAUACGCCGAGGAGAUGAAGAAGAUCCAGGAGAAGCAGCGGGAGAAAAGGGCAUGCGAGCUGCAGCAGCAACAAGAGGAGAUGCAGGCGGACGAUGGAGACGAGGAUUGAUAUUGAGCGCAUAAAAAGAGAAAAAAACAUGCAAGAGUAAUGAAAAUAACAAGAGAAAUAUAAUUAAAAACUCUACUGUAUAAAGAAAGAAAUCUAAAGAUUUAACUGUAAUGGUUUAACUCCAAGGGAGCAUCACCCACAAUAUAAGAAACCUCCACAACCUGACAGUUAUGACAUGUUGUCACUCAUCGCUGGAUGUUACCCCACUUAUCCACCAUUAAUACAGUAACAGGCUGCUAAACAAAGUAAUAACAUUAUAUUUGAACAUUGUUUCCUACUUGACAAACGAUAUUGAACUGAGUGUUUAUUUCCCUUAUUAACAGAAAACUUUUGUACCAGUUAAAGCUAUUGUAAAAAAAAAAAAAAAAAAAAGUGUUUGCAAUGUUCAAAUGGAUUAUUGCCGAGUUCUGAGAAAAAUACAAAAAACGUUCCUUUUCAUGUGAGCUAAUGACUUCAGCACAAAUCGGAUAUUUUAAUUUUUAAACCAAAAUUCAAAAAAACUUUAUAAAAGUUUGUCACAUGUACUUGCCAUCCUAUUUACCUUUUCCUGUGAGUAGAGAUGUGUUUACACAUAAAUCAUAUGAGGGCUAGGCCUGCUUUGGAAACUGGUUAGAUGUCAUGCAGUAUAAAAAGGAACAUAUAGGCAUUUUCAUGAAAUGAAAGAAGUGCUCUAUCUGUCGUGCAAUAUGCAUUGCAUAAGAAUCAAAUAUAUUGAACUGGUCAAUGGAUCUUGAUACGAUGACAGUUGCCAGAGGCAUUCAAAGAAAUAUUAAUAUUGUAAUUUUUGUUUCAGUUGAAAUUGUUGCCAUGCAGAUGGAUAUAUUAUAGACUACCUUUGUGUCUCGUUGUUAAUGCAAUGUGUUCAUUUUAAAGGUACUAAAUGUGUAUUUGAUAGAGGAAAUGCAGUGACAACAUGUAGCAAAUGGCCUGAAUUGCGGAUUAAUGAAGACAAACACCCCACACUCUGUGUUGAUUGGCAUGGUGGACUUUUUAUGUUUUAAAAGAGGCGAAAUUCAGCAGAGCAUUAUUGGUUAGAACAUCCAAAACAUUUUGUGAACUUUUUCAGUUGUAAAAGUCUAAAUGGUGCCAAUGAUUGCUGUUGCUGCAUGUUAAUCUGCACUAAGGUAGAUUUCGUUGGUCUCCCAAAAUAUUGGCUCAAGGACCCUUCCAUAUGUAUCUUUAUCUGCCUAUAUUGUACGAAUCUCAAGUUUGAGUACUGAGUGAUUUCCAUCCAAAGGCUUGGUGUAAUUGUAGUGGAGCUUGUUUCAAAGAGUGAUUGUACAGGAGCGACCUUGCGAACUUUAAUCAACAAAAAAAAGUCACCAUCACAGUAUGAGGAGGGCCACUGAGGAGCACACCUGGACAAGCCGAUGUGAAGAGGGUUCAAUCCACCUGUUGGUGAAACUCCAGUAUUGUGUCAAUGGAUGUGCCCAUCCCUACAAGCCUAAGAUCUGAAGGUGUAAAGUUCAGUGGGGCUACUGUGGAUACAUACUCAUAGCUCCGCUUUAGAUUUGUAGGCCCAAAUAUCUACCUGGGGGUGAUGAGAUUCUGUUUUGGUCUAAUUGUAAAUAUUUGGGCUGCCACACGGAAAACAACUGGUUCUAAUCCAGUUUAGUCGCAUCUCAUAGAUGUGUGAUAGCAGUUUUAUAAACUCUGUCAGUAAACUCCAGAGAAACUGGCAACAAUCAGAUAAUGUCAGAUUUACCUCAGCAUUGAAUUAAAUGAUUGCUCCCAUGUUUAGAUUGACUGGAAACCAGCAAACUAGACUGUCCUUGACCACCUAUUUUUGGAGCCUCUGGUAUAGCCUAAAUGACACCUGAUUGGGAGCAUCCUCUUCAGCAUAUAAACAACCUGGUGCCUUAAACACUCCGCAUGCUUACACGCUGGCCUGGUGCUUUGGAUCGCAGUUUGGCUUCUUUUUAUUAUUGUUUCCUCUUUCUUUCCAUUUUCUAUGUCUCAGCCCCCUUGUGUGCUAGCGCACGACUCGUGGUGCUAAAAGGGUUUGUUACAAACUCUUCAAGAAAAAUAUAAGCAGAAUUCUUAACUUUUUUCUGCUACCUUCCUUCUUCCCUAAACGUCAAUGCCAUCCCCAUUCCCUAGCCAUCCAGGUAUCGGCCUACAUGUAAACAUGGAAGGGGGUGGUCACCUAGAUGCAAGAUGAUGCAGAAGAGUUGGCUCUUCACUAGCCAAGCACAUUAGCAGGGAGAGCAGGGGCUGACUGGGAACAUCAGUAAAGGCCUGAAAUAAUUAUAUAUUGUUGUUGGCAAGCCCCCCCUUGAAAUGCUUGUUCUAUGGCUUGGGUAGUUAUAUGUAAGUUGUAAGUCUCGCUCAAUUAAUGGGGAGUAGCAAGCAUGUCUUGUUUUGUUUUUUUGUUUUACAUAGUUUUACCUUUUCAGCGUUAUUCCACAUUAUUUGUAAUUUUGGAAUGUUUUCGCCCACAAAAAAUAUAUCUAUUUUUUAUGUGCAACAUUUCAUCACUGUGUGCAAUAUCGUAUGUGCCAAUGGUGGCAAUAUAUGUAUAUCAAUUAAAUAUAUGAUUACUAUUUGAAAGCAUGUGGCUGAAUUCCAUGUUUAUUUCUCAUGAAGGAGUUGUAUGCCUUUAUUUGCACUCAAAGCUCCAUCCUGGAGGAAAAUAUAGUAAACCAAGGUCUUAGCAGCCUGUUGGGUCAAGCAGUUCACAGAAGUACUUCAACUUGAAAUAGAACAAUGUCACUGCUAGUAUCCCUCUCUCUCUAUAGGAAAUGGGUAAACUUGGCGAAUGGGUUGUUGAAGGUAGACUAUAGACACAUAAUGAACUUUUUGUGAUAAUGAAAAACUUAAAAACAGUGAAAUCUCCAUUUUUAGCUUUAAGCUAAGAAAAGGUGCUUCAGUCCAAUCCUCAUUAAGGUGUAUGGUGAACUGUCUUCAGUGGUUGUUGUGUGUAGCACUUUGCUUUCCCAGGUUAAUGAUAUGCCUGACCAAUACUUAUUUAAAAUGAUCUCAACGAAGAAUGUCAUUCUCUCUUAUGUUGCCUCUUUUUUAAAGAGGGUAUUUGAUUUGCUCAUUUGGUUUUGAUGCAUUAUAAUAUAAUUUAUGUACAUUUGACAAAUUUUAAAAAAUAAAUUUAAUUUACCCACAAGGGAAAAUCUGCAUUCAAAAUGUAUGUUUGUCAUGUUUCGUUUCUUGUUGGGGGGGGGGAAGAAACUUCCAUAAAUGUCUACUAUUCACUGAUGGAAAGUAUGUUUAAUUUUGAUGUAGUGUUGUCUACACUGUCUGACUCUACAUUUGCAAUGAUACUAAUAACUAAAGCUUAAUUUUACAGCCUUCAAAAUGCAAACUUUGCAGUGGAAAAUACUUUGAUGACUUGUGUCUUCUUAGAGAUUUCUACAUUAAUGCUGUAUGUGUAAUACCAGGCUGUAAAAUAAAGCAUUACUUUGUUCUCUAA